CACACCUAGAAAAAUAGAACCCCAAAACCAAAAGCAGAGAGAUCAUGAAAAUGUCAAAUAAAACCCUAGCUCAGCAUCGCCAUGAGGAAGAUGAUAGUGAUGAAGACGAAGACGAAGACGAAGAAGGAGAGUUUGAUGUUGCUGAGUAUGAGAGAAGAGGUUUUAGUAAAAGUAGUGCUGGUGGUGGUGGUGAUUCCAGUCACAAACUAAGGAGAUUAGAUUCUCUAUAUGAUAGUAGUGCAGAUGAGUAUGAUAGUGAGGAUGAAGACGAAGAUGAAGACGAAGAGAGAGAGGAAGAUGAAAUGUAUUCCUCCUCUGGUAGAAAGCGGAAGAGACAUAGUUCUAAUCCUUUUAUUGAUGAUCAAGCUAUUGUUGCUACUGAUGAUGAAGAUGAUGAUUAUGAAAGAGGAGAAGUUGAUCGUGAUUUCAUAGAGCCUGAUGAAAACAUACCGGAAGAACAUGAGGCCACAAGGAUGCAACAUCGCCGUAUGUUACCUCAAGAGGAUGAAGAAGUAGAUGUUGAUGAAUUUGAGAGAAGAAUUCGCCAACGGUAUUCCAGUCAAUCCUACUUAGAAGAAGGUAUUGAUGAAAUUAGUGACGUUGAGCAGCAAGCUCUUUUGCCAUCAAUUAAGGAUCCAAAGUUGUGGAUGGUGAAAUGCGCAAUGGGUCGUGAGCGAGAGGCAGCUGUUUGCCUUAUGCAGAAACGUAUUGAUCGAGGUCAUCGUGAAAUGCAGAUAAGAUCUGUCAUCUCUCCUCAUUAUCUUAAGAACUAUAUUUACGUUGAGGCUGAUAAGUCAGCCCAUGUGAUAGAGGCUUGCAAAGGUCUCAGGAUCUUAAAUACUACAAAAGUAAUGCUUGUUCCGACAAAAGAAAUGACAGAUGUGCUUUUAGUAGAAGGCAAUCCCAUAGAUAUUGCAAAGGAUAUGUGGGUGCGACUGAGGAUAGGGAUAUAUAAAGGGGCUCUUGCAAAAGUUGUUAAUGUGUCUGAUGUACGACAAAAGGUUAUGGUUAAGCUAAUCCCACGGGUUGAUUUGCAAGCCAUUGCUGAUAAACUGGAAGGUAGGAAAGUCUCGAAAAAGGCAUAUAUACCCUCUCCACGCCUCAUGAAAAUAGAUGAAGCAAGGAACCUUAAUAUACCAGUCGACUAUAGAACGGGACGAAGCACUAAUAUUCAAUUCUGUGUAAUUGAUGGAAAGAUGUUUAAAGACGGUUUCCUAUAUAAAACUGUAUCAAUGAGAUCAAUAGAUUAUCAAAACAUUCAACCAACCUUUAGUGAGCUUGAGAAAUUUUGUGAGACUGGGCAUGGAGUUGUGGGUAGUAUGUCCACUUCACCUAGAAACAGGAAAAAAAGCCACUUUAUGAAGGGUGAUGCUGUCAUUGUUGUUAAAGGAGAUCUCAAAAAUCUGAUGGGAUGGGUUGAAAAAGUUGAGGAAGAUAACGUCCAUAUUAGGCCAAAAGUGAAGGGCCUGUGCACAACAGUUGCUGUGAAUGAAAAAUAUGUUUGCAAAUCCUUCAAGCCCGGGGAUCAUGUGAAGGUUGUCUUUGGUGCUCACAAGGGUGUAACCGGUAUGGUUAUUAAGGUUAACAGUAAUGUACUCAUCAUUCUAUCUGACGCAACUAAAGAAGACAUCCGUGUCUUUGCUGAACAUGCUGUGGACAGCUCUGAAGUAACUACUGGGGUUACCAAAGUUGGGGAUUAUGAGUUGCAUGACCUUGUCAUGCUUGAUAACACGUGCUUUGGAGUAAUAAUACGUUUAGAGAGUCAAACACUCCAGAUACUGCUGGGAGAUCCAGAUAGACCUGAUGUUGCACGAGUGAAGAUGAGGGAGAUCAAAUACAAGAUUCAGAGGAGGAAUACUGCUCUAGAUCAAUCGAACAAUACUGUGUCUGUGAAAGAUGUUGUGAAGAUUCUAAUGGGCCCUUGCAAAGGAAAACAAGGUCCUGUAGAACACAUAUUUAGAGGAACAUUGUUCAUAAAUGACCGCCAUCACAUGGAGCAUUCUGGUUUUAUCUGUGUGAGAGCACAAUCUUGUAUAGUGAUGGGUGGCUCACCUGCCAAGGUUUCCCUGUCCUCGAAAUUUGGAAGUUCUACAGAUGCAGCUCGCGUCGCCCCUUCACCAAGAAGAUUUCCUAGUGGAGGACCUCCAUUUGACUCUGGAGGAAGACAGAAGAGUGGACAGCGAGGGCAUGAUUCUUUUGUUGGUAGAACCAUAAAAAUUCAUAUUGGUCACUAUAAGGGAUGUCGCGGUCGUGUUGUAAGUGUUAAGGGACAAUCAGUUCGAGUUGAACUGGAAUCUCAAAUGAAAACUGUACUAGUUAACCGUGACGAGAUAUCUGCUAUCCCAGAUGUUUCUACUUCAUUAAGUGAACCACCUCAACAUGGUUUAGGAAGUGAGACACCUAUACAUCGCGCACAAACUCCGACACACUCAUAUGCCACUCCUACGAGAAAUGAAGGAGGAACACCAAGACAUAGUGGUACCUGGACUCCCCUGCGUGAUCAAGCUUGGAAUCCUGAAGCUACCACAACUCCAUCCGGGGAAAAAUGGGAAGAUGGAAAUCCUGGCUCGUGGGGAACCAUUCCACCAACUCAAACAACUCCUCUUGGACGUUCAAAUAAAGCACCAAGCGCAGGUUCUGAUUGGGGCAACUGGGGAGAUGGAGAUUGUGGCUCGCGGGGAACUGUUCCACCAGCUCAACCGGCAACUCCUCUCGCACGUUCAAAUGAAGCACCAAGCACAGGUACCGGUUGGGGCAACUGGGGAGAUGGAAAUCGUGGUUCGCCGGGAACCAUUCCACCAGCUCAACAGACAACUUCUCUUGCACGUUCAAAUGAAGCACCAAGCGCAGGUUCUGAUUGGGGCAACUGGGGAGAUGGAAAUCGUGGCUCGCGGGGAACUGUUCCACCAGCUCAACAGGCAACUUCUCUUGCACGUUCAAAUGAAGCACCAAGCACAGGUACCGGUUGGGGCAGCUGGGGAGAUGGAAAUCGUGGCUCGCCGGGAACCAUUCCACCAGCUCAACAGGCAACUCCUCUUGCACGUUCAAAUGAAGCACCAAGCACAGGUUCCAGUUGGGGCACCUGGGGAGAUGGAAAUCCUGGCUCGCGGGGAACCAUUCCACCAGCUCAACAGGCACCCCCUCUUUCACGUUCAAAUGAAGCACCAGGCACAGGUUCCGGUUGGGGCAACUGGGGAAAUGGAAAUCCUGGCUCGCGGGGAACCGUUCCACCAGCUCAACAGGCACCUCCUCUUUCACGUUCAAAUGAAGCACCAAGCACAAGUUCCGGUUUGGGCAACUGGGGAGAUGGAAGCAGUCCACAAUGCGGCCAGGGAACUCCUCGAGCGCAUUCAAAUGAAGCACCAGCACUAGCACAGAGCACCGGUUCAGGCUGGGGAGGUAAAAAUGGUUCUCAGGGAAGCCUUAAAUGGUGAUGAAUUAGGGAAGUUGGGAAGAUGGAAAUGUUUCCACCCAUGUUUGUGAACAAAUCUAAAGAUCCUUGAAUAAAAUAGGGGAGCCAUCUCAGGUGGAGACGAUUCUCUAAAACUUUUUCGGGAUAACACUAUUUCCACUGUCAAAUCUUGUCAUCGAAGUAGGAAAGCAGUUUUUUGGUUAAAUUUUGAUCCCCUGUUGGUUUUUCCCUUUAGAAUGUAUUUCAGGAUCAAAAAGUUCAUAUUCUUAGACUUUGGUUGCCGACCAGCAAGCGGUUUCGUAGCAUUCUGUGCCUAUGCAA